CUAUACUUAAUCUCUUUUCCAAGCCAGUCAUCUACGGGGUGCAGUGAGUCAGCGUGGGUCUACUGAUGCCCAUUGGAGCACCACACAUCAUUUUCUUUCUCUUUUUCGUUGCUCCGAAAUUCCUUGGUGCUCCGCCACACUGCCGUUGGUCAGCUGAUCGACUACUCGGUGGUGGAGUGCCUGCGUUGGUGUGUGUGAUUUUUGGUAUAAGCUUAGAGGCUCGUUUGUUAAGUAAUUUGCACGUAAAGUAGCGAAAUUCAUUUACCAUUAAAACGUCAGUCAAACUCGAGGCGUUCGACGAGUUUUUUAUCUCAUGUGCAACUUAUCUCGAACCACGUAAAAAAAAAAACUCCGAAACUGACCGAUUAUCCGUGUUUUUCUUCUUACCCAACUCGCGUUAGCUCAUCAAUUCACUGUCCGGAUGUGUUAAUUAUUUUAUGCUAUUCAAUAAGCUGCACUCUCGCUUUCAAACGAUGAUCCGUACUUAUACUUGCUGCCUCUUCAGUCAAUAAACUGAGAUUUCAUAAUUCCUAUCUUGUUUGUCUCGAGCCUCAUUAUCAAAAUUUCACCAGAGCGGCAACUCACGAAAAUAUUCGGCUCUUUCGAAAACUUCACUCAACUUUCACAAUGCAAAUCAUAAUACUUGAAAAUGUCCAAUGAAAAAUACUCAAGCUUGUAACUAUCCACAGAAAAACUCGGAAAAAAGGAACAGUAGAAAAAAAACAGUCAAAGGAAACAUGCUGUUCGCAAGAGGACUGGCCCGCACGUCGGCCACCCUGAAGCAGCAGAACCAGGAGGUAGCCCAGGCAGCGGCGGUGGCCCUGCAGUGCCUGCAAAGCCGAGGCUACGCGGACCACCAGAUCCCGGAGAAGCUCCAGGAAGUGCCGACGUCCGCGAAUCCGAGGUUCUUCGACAUGGUGGAGUACUUCUUCCACAGGGCCUGUCAAAUCGUCGAGGACAAGCUCGUCGAGGACGUUGGCAAGAGGUCCCGGAUGACCCUGGAGGAUCGGAAAAAAAAGGUCAAGGGCAUUUUGAAGAUGAUGGAGCCGUGCGACCACAUCCUCGAGACCACCUUUCCGCUGAGACGCGACUCCGGGGACUACGAGCUCAUUACCGGGUACAGGGCUCAGCAUUCGACCCACAGAGUGCCUUGUAAAGGAGGUAGGCCAAAAGCUCCAGGAAGUAUCCGCUACUCCCUGGACGUCAGUCGAGACGAGGUGAAGGCCCUGUCCGCCCUGAUGACCUUCAAGUGUGCCUGCGUGGACGUGCCGUUCGGCGGCGCCAAGGCCGGCAUCAAGAUCAAUCCCAAGGAGUACUCGGACAACGAGCUCGAGAAGAUCACCCGCAGGUUUACCCUCGAGCUCGCCAAGAAGGGCUUUAUCGGUCCGGGAGUGGAUGUGCCGGCUCCGGACAUGGGUACAGGUGAGCGCGAGAUGUCCUGGAUCGCGGACACGUACGCCAAGACGAUCGGCCACCUGGACAUAAACGCUCACGCCUGUGUCACCGGCAAGCCAAUCAACCAGGGUGGAAUCCACGGUAGGAUUUCGGCCACCGGCCGAGGCGUCUUCCACGGGAUCGAGAACUUCAUCAACGAGGCCAACUUCAUGGGCAUGAUCGGCACGACGCCCGGCUGGGGUGGCAAGACCUUCAUCGUCCAGGGCUUUGGUAACGUCGGCCUACACACGAUGCGCUACCUGCACCGCGUUGGCGCCAAGUGCAUCGGUGUCAUCGAGCACGACGGCUCCAUCUACAAUCCCAAUGGCAUCGACCCCAAGCUACUCGAGGAGUACCGUCUUGAUAACGGCACGGUCGUCGGGUUCCCCCACGCGCAGCCCUACGAGGGUGAGAACCUCAUGUUCGAGCCAUGCGACAUAUUCAUUCCAGCGGCCAUCGAGAAAACCAUCACCAAGGACAACGCCCACCUUAUUCAGUGCAAAAUCAUCGCCGAGGCUGCCAACGGUCCAACGACGCCCGCGGCCGACAAGAUUCUCAUUGAUAGGAACAUUCUCGUCAUCCCAGAUUUGUUUGUCAACGCUGGCGGUGUCACGGUCUCCUUCUUCGAGUGGCUCAAGGAUCUCAACCACGUCUCGUACGGUCGUCUCACCUUCAAAUACGAGAGAGAAUCGAACUAUCACCUACUGGAAUCCGUGCAGGAAUCUCUCGAACGUAGGUUCGGACGCGUGGGCGGUCGGAUUCCUGUUACACCCUCCGAGGCCUUCCAAAAAAGAAUCUCCGGUGCUUCCGAAAAAGACAUCGUGCACUCCGGACUGGACUACACCAUGGAGCGAUCUGCUAAGGCCAUCAUGAGGACAGCGAUGAAAUACAACCUCGGCUUGGACUUGAGGUCUGCGGCGUACGUGAACUCUAUCGAGAAAAUCUUUACGACCUAUAACGAGGCAGGUUUAGCUUUUUAAGCUCGCGAACCUAAGCGUUGAGCGAUGCGAGGAUAGGAGAGUAAUUUAAACGUAAUUGCUAAAACAUGCGAAGCCAUCGCGUAAGCAGUAUUCGUUAAAAAUGCAUGACGACGUAGGGAAAAAAGAAGAAAAUCAAAAAACACACAAGAGAGGCGAGAGCCUUUUUUUGACAGUCGAGAUUGUUGCACGCAUUUAAAACACAAAUUCACAAAGUUGCAAAGUGAGGGUUGUUGCUGUUCUUGUUGUUGAUGUUACCCAAGAGUGAAUAGAAACCGCGUUUUUUUUUCCCAAACGAGAUAAAGUUACGAGUUUGAACAAAGAAACACGGCUUCGAUGUAUUUUGCACACCAUUACAAGGACGCCACUGCUUGAUAUGAUUAACAUAGUCAUUCAGCGUUUUUAAAAGGAAUGAAAUCACAAUAAACGUAUGUAACUAUUAUUAUUAUACACCGAACAAACGUGUUGAAUGUGAAAGCGCAUUUUUCGCGUGCAUUUUAUAUAUAAAUAUACAACCAUGUAUUUAUGAAUGAAUUUUUAUCAUCAACAGAUUUAUUGUCGUUUGCAUCGUUUGUUUUUCUCUGAAAUUUUUUUUUUUUUUUUUUUUUUUUUU